AUGACUAAUGUAAUAAAUGGAAUUCAAAAGGAAGAAAGUAGUGUUUACUUAAAUGAAAUUAGACAAAACGCUAAAAAGUAUAAUUGGUUAGAAAAAAUAGAAAAAAAAAAUUGUUACGUUUUUUCUAAAGAUAAUGUAAAAAUAAAUAUUAUUGGUUUAAAAGGGCUUGCAACAAUAGAAAUACAAUUAUUAAAUGGUGUUUAUUAUAAAAUGUGUAGAAGCAAUUUAAAGAAAGAAGAAAUAUCUGAUUUAUUUUCUAAUACAAAUUACAAUUCCAAUAAUGAUAUGCUAAAUAAGACAAUAUUAUGUAACUAUAAUUUGAGUGUAAAAGAGAAAAUAGAACUUUUUAAUAAAAAUGGCAGGUCUUUUUUAAAAAGUGUAAAAUAUAAAGAUAUUUUAAGUAGUAACGGUAAUAAUUUAUACAAGAACUUUUCUGAAACAAAAACAAAAAUAAGAAAUAAUAUUAUUACUCAUAAAAAUGAUACAGAAUUAAAAAAUGAUUACACUUAUUUAUACGAUGAAAACAAAAAUAAAGUAGAAAUUCCCAUUAAAAUAGAAUUAGAAGAAAAAGUUACUUCUAAUACAAAAGAAAUGAAUAAUUCAGGCAAUGAUUCAAAUCAGGAUACUCAUACCAUUGAUAAAAUUAUAUGUACAAGAAAUGAAAUAGAAAUAUCACGUUUUUUAAAAGAAGCAAGCUUUUAUGAAAUAAAAGAAGAGAAAAAUAUUAUAAAACACAAUAAAAAAAAAAUUGAUUAUGAAUCAAAAAAAGCAAAAAAUGAAAAAAUCUUAUUUUCUUUAGAAGAAGAAAAAGAAGGCAGAUUAAAACAUCAUACUUAUGACCAAAAGGAAAGUAAAAAGAAUAAAAAUAAAAGUUUUGAAUGUAUUAAAAAAAAAACAUACUUAAAGGAGAAAGAGGAUAAUUAUGAUAAGUAUUUGAUGACUGAAAGAAUACGAAAUGAAAUAGAAAAAAAUGGCAAAAAUAAUGAUAUUGAUAUUAAUAACAAAACUACUUCAAAUAAAGAAAAAAAGAAAGAUUAUGGCAAUGAAAAUAAAAAGAAAGAAAAAAGGGAAAAGAAAGAAAAAGAAAACGAAAAUGAAAAUGGAAAUAAAAGUGAAAAUGAAAGUGAAAAAGAAAAUGAAUAUGAAAAUAAAAAUAAAAAUGAAGAAGAAAAAGAAAAAGAGCAAGAAUAUGAAGGAAAAAAAAAAGAAAUAGAUAAAAGAGAUAAUGAAGAACAAAAGAAGGAACAACAGAAACAAUUCGAAAAAAAUCAGUUAAAAUAUCCAGGGAAGAUUCAAGAGGAUUAUGAACAAUUAGUAUAUUCUUAUCAAAAUGACUGUUUAAAACAUAAACUUAAAGAUAAUAAAGAAAUUAAUAAAUUAAAAAGAAUAAAAAUAUAUUAUAAAAACAGUAAAAAUGCCUUUGAAAUAUAUAAUAAAAAUAAAAGGAAGAAUCAUUAUAAUGUUUUUCAUAGUAAUUAUUAUGAUAAUAGAAAUAAUAUUAAUAAUUUAGAUAUUCUUAAUAAUAACAAGUUUAAUACUUUUAACAAUAUAAAUAAUUAUGUUCCCAAUUAUAGGAAUAUUAGGAAUAAAAAAUAUAUUGAUAAUUCUAAUAAUUUCAUUUACAAAAAUUCAUAUCAAUCUAAUUCUUUUAAUAUUUAUACUUUUAAUGGUAAUAUUUUAAAAAAUGAGAUGAUACACCAUAUAGAUGUAAAUCGUAACGAUAUACCGAUAAAGGAAAAAUUAAACGAAUGCACUAACAUUAUUUAUUACAAUAUAUAUCAUAGGAAGCAGAAUAAUAAUUACGUUAUGAAUUCUUGCAAUGAUUAUCAUAAGAACUAUGAUGAGAGUUUUAACUUUGAUUAUAACAAUAGUUAUGAUAUGAAUUUUAUUGAUAACUAUAAUGAUAAUAAUAAUAUUAAUACUAACAUCAAUGCUCCUCAUAAUAAUAAUACUAGCAUUGGCACCACUACUAAUAAUAACGAUAAUAAUAUUAAUUAUACUAAUACUAAUAUUAAUAAUGGCAAUAAUAUUCAUGACAUUAGUGGAGACAUUCUAAGUUAUACUUUCAAUAAUAAUAUAAAUUAUACUAAUAGAGAUAAUUUCAAUCAUAACAGUUGGAAUAUCAUAAAUGAUGCUAAAAAAAUAAAUGGUAAUAAGAUUAUUAAUUAUCAGAACUCUCAUACAAAUAAAAUCAAUGCGUUUAAUGCAUACUUUCGAAGUAAUCACUUAAACAAAUAUAAAAUGAAUUAUAAGGAAAAAUUCAUAAGAAAAAAUUCACAAUGGCACAUGCAUGAAAUGGAAAAUCAAAACAAUGCUAUAACUUUUAAUGAGAAAAAAAAAAAUAUAUUGAGAAACAUAUAUCAUAAUAGUAGUGAAACUACUAGAGAAAAUAAUUAUUAUAACACAUUUAACAAUAGAUCAUAUAAUAAAUAUAAUUUUAACAUAAAUAAUUACCUAUAUUUAAAAAAGAAAAAAUAUCAAAUGAAUUACAAUAAUCAUUACAAUUAUUAUCAUAUUACUGAAGAUAUGAUAAAUUAUUCAUAUUUUUCUAAUAAUAUUAUUAAUAAUUUCAAUCAUUUACAAUUAGAUAACAAGAGAAAUAAAAAAGGUCAUCAUAAAAAUAUGAAAUAUAGAAAUUUUUGUGAAUUAUAUAGAAAAAACAAUAAAAGAUACUAUAAUAACUCCGUAUCAUGUUGUAACAAAAAAUUAUUAAAUAAAAACGAUAUGGAAAUAUUUUCAAAAGCAAAGAUAUUUAAUAAAUUAAAAAGAAGUUACAAACCAAAAUAUAUUAAAAACUUAUAUAAUAAAAAUAGCAGUGAUAAAUUUCAAUCCACCAAAAUUAAUGAAAUUAAAAAAAAAAACCAAAUAAAUAAUAUUGAAGGAGAAAUAUAUAAAAAAAUAUCAUAUUUAAAAUACUUUAAGUAUGAUCCUACGAAUUCAUUGCCAAGAUAUUUCUGUACAUUGAAACAUUUAAUAAAAGAAAAUAACAAGAAAAAAUUAGACACUUGGUUAAAAAUUAUGUUAACUAAGCAAAAAUGUGGUUACUGCAAUGAAAAAUUUGAUAAUAUAGAAAGUUUAGAAAAUCAUUUGAUACAAAUAAAAACACAUAAAGUCUUUUAUUGUUGUAAAAAACCUUUUCCUUCGAUAAAAUAUUUAUAUAUACAUCUUAAAAGAGAAAAUCAUUAUGGUUACAUUUAUUAUUAUUAG